CUUUAUGGCUGUGCGAUGGGUGCGCGGUUUUAUCAACGCGGGCCUCGUUCCUUGCUGAGAAAUGUCAGAGGGAGUGGGCACGUGUGCGGCGAUAAGGCCGUACCGCUUUUUCUUGGCUCGAGGUUUUGGUUUCACCUGUAUUCCACUGGCGCAUUCGACUACGAAAACCGAAUCAAGAGCCAUAUUUUGAGAGGGAAGGAAGGCGCGAGCCGGGGGUUGGGGGCGAUGUCCGGGCUACGCGCACAAAGAGUUCGCGACGUGUUGAAUGCUUGGGAUCGGAGCGAGUAUCAAGAGGUCGUCGACGCGUGCGAGGGUUUGGUUGACGUCAGGAGAGAAUUAGCUCUUCAGAAUGUAGAGUUGAGGUUUGAGGGAUUUGAGAGGUUUGAGAGCGUUUUGAAUAAUUUCAAGGCGGCCGCGUUGAUUCGUUUGGGAAGGUACACGGAGGCUAUAAAGGUGGCUGAGGGCACGUUGAGCGCAGAGAAGGACCGAGAUGCCUAUUGCAUUAAGGGAGCGGCACUGAAUUUUUUAUCUGAUGGAAAUCCGAAGAUUGAUAUAGAAGCGCUGCGUUGUUACACGAACGCAUUGGCGUUGAAACCCGAGAACGAGCUUGAUCUGGAGGUGGGGUUCAACCAGGCGGCUUUGUUAUUCAAGCUAAACAAGGUUAGCGAAUGCGUUCGAGCGUGCGAUCGGUUUUUGAGAGAAGGGACAGAUACGCCCGAGCACAAGUCCAUGCACUUGAAUUACGACCACGAGUUUCGGGUUUUGAGAAUGUCGGCAUUAUUUGCAUUGAGGAGGUGGCAGGAGGCCGUUUUGGAGGCUGAGGCGGCGUUGCUCGCGUUGAAGGCGUUGGGCGAGCUGUCGUUGAAGGCGACUGUAAAGAUUCUCGAGGUCAAGAGUUGUUCUUUGAUUUCACUGCGGAAGUUUGCCGAGGCAGAGCUAGUCUUGAGAGAGCAGCUGGAGUUGGAUCCGAAAUGUCUGGCGACGGUUGAUCGACUGGUGACGUGCUUGAUGGCCCAGGAGAAGGAGAGAGAAGCGGUGAUGCUCAUUCGUCGAAUGUCUCGCGAAAAGAAGUCUUCUCCGGAAGUUUAUGCCAGAAUGUGUGUAGUAGAGGCGCAGAUGGAGCUGAAGAUGCCGACUCCAGACAUUUCUGCCGCCUUGAAGAAGUGCGAUAAGGCUAUUGAGUUGGAUCCAUCUCUUAUGCAGGCCUAUUCGACCAAGGCUACCUGUCUGUUAGAAAGAGGGUAUCCGUUGCUGGCUUUAGCUACGUGCGAUCAGGCCAUGGACAAAGAUAUCAUUCAUCAGGAUUUAGUCUUGACUAAGGCGCUCUCGCUAGAGAAGUUGGAAAAGGUUAGCGAGGCUCUCAUGCACAUCGAAUUGAUUUUAUUGGAAUCCCCCGAAAACACGGCGGCUCUCCUGCACAAGGGCAGAAUGUUGUCAAGGCGAGGCGAUCACAACUUGGCCAUUGAGGCUUAUGACUUAGCGUUGAAAACCGACCCAAGGAAUCCUAUUUUGUUGGCGUCUAAGGCUGAUGUGCAGCGACAGAUAGGCAAUUCUGGUCAAGCACUAAGGACGUUUACAGACGCAGUUCGAAACGAUCCCCAUCUGUCCGAAGUGGUCAAACAACUGAUCGAAGAAAAGGACGUCUAACGCAAAUGAGAGCAAAAAUUGCGAAAAAAAAGAAUGCUCCCUCAAGAAAAAGUGGUACAAAAAAUAGCAUUUUUUUUAUGUAUUUGACUCGAGUAAGACCUCUUCUUCUUCCUGGUCUUGAAUUGCACCUAGAACUUGUUGGGUUUCGCCGCAUCGAAUGGAAAUGAAGCUGUCAGGGUCUAACAUGCGCAUUUUCAAUUGUCGUUUUAACUCUCUUGGUGGAUCAAAUACAUGUUCCAGACUCAGCUUCCAUGUCCCCCAAUGCAUAGCAAUGCUUUUUUUACUCUUCACGUCCAGAUGUACCAUGACAGAAUCUUCUGGAGACAUGUGAAACUCUCUUAGACUGUCUGGUGAAUAGGCGCCAAUUCCAAUCAACGCCAAGUCGAAUGGACCUAGCUUUUCCCCGAUGCUUUUGAACGCGCUGCAGUAUCCACUAUCUCCAGAGAAAUACACCUUCACUGAGCUUCCUAAUAUGCCCCAACUCGACCAAAGGGCCUUGUUGUUAUCCAAAAGUCCCCUUUUCGACCAGUGCUUCGCCGGCAGACAGACCAAACUUACCUUCGGCGUAAUUGAACACUCUUGCCACCAGUCGAGCUCUACGAUACGACCGGCGUUGACACACAUGGAACGCAACGUCUUUCCAUUCCCUAAAGGCACAACGUAAAUCGGGGCAUUGCCCAGCUUUUUAAUGGUGUACUCAUCCAAGUGGUCAUAGUGGUUGUGAGAUAUGACAACCACGUCAAUUGGCGGUAACUCUUCUAUACGACACGGGGCCUGACAAAACCUUUUCGGUCCUAAGAACUUGGAAGGAGAGCAACGUUUGCUCCAUACGGGAUCAGUGAGGAUUUUAAUAUUGUCUAUCUGAAUGAGGAAGCAAGCAUGGCCCAUCCACGUCACUUGUGUCCCACCGGAAUCGGGAGGGGAUUUGAUCAAUUGCCAAUUCAUUUUGCAACUCAGCAUCUUAGAAAAGUCUAGCUAUAUUGCACACACACGUACAUGAUACAUACACAAAAAUUUCGUACAGAACUAACUUCUUUCUUGGAAGGCGCUUUGGCGCCCAGUGAAACGAUCAAUAAUUUGAAUACAUCCAGAAAUUCAAUGCCCUUUCUGUUUUUCUCGACAAGGUGAAUAUCUUUCUGUUGUUUACAGCGCUCUAUGGCGUACGAUUGUAAUUUUUCGUCUAUCACACGCCUAAACAACACUUGAAUUUUGAUAGUACCUUGUUUUCUUCCAUGGCUGCACAUAUCUCUGUCCAUCGAACUGGGCCAUGUCUAGAUUCUCUCCAGGCGAGGCCAACGACCUAAUUUUCGACAAAUCAGGCGCCUCUAAUGGCUUGUGUUGAAUUAUAGCGAGCUUUUGUGCUGGCAGCUUGACUACUGGAUCCAUAUCGAAAUUAGACAGCAUUGACUUCAACAUAUUCAGUAUCAUAGUAUAAUAGAGCGAUACAAACA